AUGACUCGUCCUAAAGCCAAGUCGAAGAAAAAGAGCGGCGUCGUUGACUUCAAGAAACGAAAGGUGAAGAUUGGGAGGAGAUUGCCUCCACCUAAAAAUUCAACAAAUACCGAAGUGAAAUCUAAAGCAAUUAUUCUGCCGGAGCAGAGUGUAGCUGCUGAUAAGGCAGGUUUGGCUGUAAACAAGAAGGGUUUGACUUUAAAAGAACUUCUUCAGCAAACAUCUCAUCAUAAUGCAAAAGUUCGAAGAGAUGCAUUGAUGGGUAUUAAGGAUUUAUUCAGUAAACAUCCAGAAGAACUGACGUCGCACAAGUAUCGUGUUGUAGAAAAACUCCGAGAGCGUAUUAGCGACGAUGAUAAAGUUGUUCGGAAAUCAUUAUAUGAUCUUUUUAAACUAGUGAUUUUACCUAGUUGUAAAGAGGAUAAUCAAGAGCUGAUCACUUCUUUAAUGAUGGCUUACAUAUUUAAUGCAAUGACUCAUUUGGCAGUUGACAUUCGGUUCAUGGCAUUUAAUUUCUUAGACCUUACUCUUGAGUAUUAUCCUCCUUCCUUUUCUUCAUAUGCAGAAAAGAUUUUUCAGAAUUAUGAUGAUAUCCUAAGGAAGAACCAGUACCAUUUACAGGACAAAGAAAAACUAAAGGAUACUUUUGCCGGGUUGGUUCGCUGCCUUUCACUUUUGCCAUGGAAUAUAGAAGAAACUGAUUUGCAAAAUAAGGAUGAUAUUGGACAAAGGGUAUUGCACGCUUUUGAAGCUGAUAACUCUAUGAGCUCUACUGGUUUUUCUCAUAUCAUAGUGAAACUAAAGGAUCUCGUGGCAAUAUUAAUAAAUAGUUUUCAAGAAUUUACUACUUUGUUUAAUGCUAAGGAGAAUCUUGAAGGGAGGUCUUUUGGUUGUAUGUCAUCCAUUCUUCAUAGCAUAGAUCUUAUAGUAAGGUCAUUUGUUUAUGGGAUUGAUAAGAAAUCGGAAUGCACAAGUUCUCAAGGUGGAGCCAAUGUGGCUAUAUGGGAUGUAUCAGUUUCUUCUACAUUCUUGAGGAAAUUAUUUCCUCUUUUUCCUCUUGAUCCAGGGCAUGGUCUUCCACAAAAGGAUUAUGAUAGGUUGCUUGACUUGAACUUGGUCAUUGCAAAAAUAUUUUUUGAAUUAAAUGAAUGGAUCUGCCUUCCUCCUUUUUUGUUGGAGAAAUUUCUAGAAUUUCUUGAAAAUGCACUUCUUGGGAAGUUUGGCAGAGCUGCACAGUCUGGUAAGGCUGUCUGGGAAAAGCAUCUAGUUCAACUCCUUCGUUUUAUUCCAAAAUUUCUUUCACGCGGAGCAAGCGACUGGACGUCUCGUCUUCUUUGGGCAUUUACCCAGACAUUUAAGGAAAGCAAGCCAGGUUCCUUAUUGAAAUUGGCCUGUCUCUCUGCAAUGGAAGAUAUGCUAACUCCUAUCCAAACCAUGCUUUCCCAGGAGACAAACAAUCCACAAAAUGUAGAACUUCAAAAAGCUUUAUGUGCUUGGAUCGAAGAGCUUCCUCUGUUGCUUAUUCAGCUUGGUGAUAAACACCCAACCUGCUCCUUGGCUUUAGUAAGGCUUCAACUUCGUAUUGGACAACGCGCUUUGUUGAACUCAGCACUUGUUUGCGCGUACGACAACAUGCAAAACUCUUUGCAAGAUUUUUAUUCUACGUGUCAUGGAGAACAUAUAUGCUUUGGUCCUUUUCUCAGACUUCCUAGAGAAUCUCAAGAGCUUUCUUUAUGUUGCCUUUACUAUUUAUCUCAUUUGGACUUGCCUUUUUUAAAGUCAUUAGCCGGUUGUUGUCUAAGUCCUGAUCUAGAUCCCUAUUUGCUGUUUCGGACCAUAGAGAUUCUCCAUUCAGCCUAUAAAGACGGGCAUAUAAAUAUCGCUGAUUACUUGAGUGUCUUCAUCACUUUAGUCCUGCGUUUCAAAGUUUCUCCUGAAGUUGGUGACGCUGGCUUGAAGGGUGUUGCACUCCGCAAAACUUUGAAGUCAGUGACGACUGUUCUUUGCUCAUACAUGGAACAAAUCGGCAACAAUUCUCUUGUUCUACAGAUUAUAGAGAAAGUGGUAAUCGAUCAAAUAGUUUUAAAGCCUUCUUUGGAUAAUAGUUGUUCUCUCCUAAGAAUGCUUGUUACAGUGGAUAACAAGCCCACAAGUCUAUCUGAACAAAGCAUUAUCACUCUAGGCCCUUGUCUUUCUGAAUAUCUAAUGGACGCUAUGCAGCUCAUUCAAGAAGAUGGCGAGGAUCCUUCCAAUCAAUUAAGUACCAUUUAUUAUCUCCUACCUUGUUUCUUAUUGUUUGAUCGGUGCCAUAAACUUAUGGGUUAUGUAUUGAAGACAAUGGGAUCAACUAUAACAGAAAGUAGUUUGUCAUUGAAAAAUGAUAAUGGCACUCAACAUAUGGGGAACUGCUUGACUAGGGUAAACAUUGUGGUAUCUGUACUUGUGUUGAUGCACAAGGAUGCAAAAUUGCAACAAAUUAUGUCUGAAUUCAAGGAGGAUACUGAUAACAUCGUACAAGAAGUUCGUUUGUUAAAGUCUUACGAGCAAAUUAGUCGGAAAAUUGAAGCAAGUCAUAAAAUACAAUGUGCAUUAGAUCGACUGAUUAUUUUAACAAGAUAA